CAGAGACAGACUGUUGUGAUUUAGCCUUACACACAGUCAUGAGUUAGCAUGCUACUACAGUUAGCUUAUCCACCAGGCCCUUACACAGCCCCAUGUCAAUCUCCCAGAUUACUCCCACUCUGUAUCUGAGUGGCGUGGAGGCCCUCAACCAGUCAGCGCUGACCCACAGACGCAUCACUCUCCUGGUGAACGCCAGCGAGGAGUACCCCUGCCCCGAGUACCCGGGGGUGGAGUGUGUCUCCGUGCCCGUGCAGGACCGGCCCCAAGCCCGUCUGGACCCGCACUUCGACGGCGUGGCCGAGCGGAUCCACCUGAACCGCGGCGGCAGCUCGCUGGUGUACUGCUCCGCGGGGAGGAGCAGGUCCCCCUCCCUGGUCAUGGCGUACCUCAUGAGGUUCGAAGGAGCCUCGCUGCUGGAGGCUCACGGCCGGGUGCUGGCCGCUCGGCCCUUCAUCAGACCCAACGCCGGCUUCUGGAGGCAGCUGCUCCAGUACGAGAGCAGGCUGUACCACAUUAACAGCGUCAGGAUGGUGGCCACCUCUCAGGGGGUCCUACCAGAGGCCGUCCAGCCCACACAGGACUCUACGUACCUCCUCAACCUCUAGAUUAUGACUCUAAAGACCAAUCACACCAAUGAC